AAAUGAACAGUCUUUAGGAAAGGCCAACAAAAAAGGUGGAAAAAAGAAUAAAUUAUUAAUUAAUAAUGGCAUAGAUAAUUCAUCUAUUUCAAAUGAUUCUGGUAGAAUAACGAAAAAAUUCAAGAAUUCAAAUAAAAAAGAAAACAACAUUGUUAAACAGCAUUCUAAAGAACCAAAUAAGAAUACAACAGUGCAAUCAUCUUCCAUUUCACUGAUCACGAAGUCGAAAAAAAAGCGAUUAAAAAAAAAAGAAAAACAAAAUCUAGAGAAGAAAAUUUCAACAAUAAGUGAUAGUGAUAAAGUUUCUAAUAAAAAUAUUAUUAAACUACAAAACAAAAAAUUAAAUAUUGACAAAAUAAGGCAAUUAUUAAUGAAUAAAGAUACUGACAACAGUAAUAAAACUGUUAAUAAAAACACAAGUAAGAAAGCUCAAAAAGAUUUAUCUUUAAGAGAAAGAAUGAUGGCUCAAUUGCAAUCAUCUAGAUUCAGAUUUCUGAACGAAACUUUGUAUAAUAAUGAAAGUAGACAAUCAUUAAAAUUAUUUAAAGAAGAUCCUGAAUCUUUCAAAGCCUAUCAUGUAGGCUAUCAAAAUCAAGUAGAACGUUGGCCAUUGAAUCCGUUAGAUUCGAUCAUUAAUGCUGUGAAGAAAAUGCCAAAAGAUUACAUUAUUGCAGAUUUUGGCUGUGGAGAAGCUAAAUUAGCCUGUUCUGUUGAACAAAAAGUUCAUUCGAUAGAUUUAGUGGCAGUUAAUGAUCGAGUAACAGCUUGUGACAUGGCACAUACACCACUUCUUACUGAUAGCAUUAAUGUUGUAAUUUUUUGUUUAUCACUCAUGGGUUCGAAUCUUGCAGAUUAUAUUCUGGAAGCGAAUCGCGUUUUAAAACAAAAAGGUAUUUUAAAAAUAGCUGAAGUAGAAAGUAGAUUUGAUGAUAUCAACACAUUUAUAAAAGCCUUAGAAACUUAUGGAUUUGAAAUAAUAUGGAAAGACUUAUCUCAUAAUUUAUUUUACUUCAUGGAUUUCAAAAAAAAGCAUACGAUAAAUCGAAUGGAUAAACAUUUAGAUGAAAUCAAAUUAAAACCUUGUUUGUAUAAAAAAAGGUAA